AUGCAAUAUCACGCUUUUCCAGUGCUAAACCAACAGUUCCUUGUAGAUUCUAGUUACGAAUUCGUACGCGAACUAGGACAAGGAGCUUAUGGAGUUGUAUGUGCGGCCAGAAAUAAAGAAAACGGGGAACAAGUUGCUAUCAAAAAAAUCACAAAAGUUUUUGAAAAAAAUAUUCUGGCUAAACGCGCUUUACGAGAGAUCACAUCUCUUUUAGAUAUGGACAUAACAAAUGUUCAAGAUUUUAACGAAAUUUAUUUGUUCCAAGAACUCAUGGAGGCUGACCUUCAUCAAAUCAUACGUUCCGAACAACCAUUAACCGAUGCACAUUUUCAAUAUUUCAUAUAUCAAAUUUGUCGAGGAUUAAAAUAUAUUCAUUCAGCCAAUGUUUUACACCGAGAUUUAAAACCAGGGAAUUUAUUAGUAAAUGCAGAUUGUGAAUUGAAGAUUUGUGACUUUGGACUUGCCCGAGGUUUUUCUGAUUCACCAGAUCAUAAUGCUGGUUUUAUGACAGAAUAUGUUGCAACCCGAUGGUACAGGGCACCAGAAAUCAUGUUGAGUUUUCAGAAUUAUACUAAAGCUAGUGGAAAACCUUUAUUUAAAGGAAGGGAUUACGUCGAUCAACUUAAUCAAAUAUUAGGAAUUUUGGGUACGCCGGAUGAAGAGACUUUGAGGAGGGUUGGAAGUGAGAGGGCUCAGGUUUACAUUCGUAGUCUUCCAAAAAUGCCAAAAAUUCCUUUUUCACAACUUUAUCCCAAGGCCAAUCCACUUGCUCUUGAUUUACUGGAGAAUCUUCUUAAAUUCGAUCCUGCUGCAAGGAUUACUGUAGAACAAUCAUUGAUGCACCCGUAUUUGGCAGCAUAUCAUGACGAAGAAGAUGAACCUUCUCAUGAAAAUAUGUUUGAUUUUUCAUUUGAGAGUGUCGAUUUAAUAGAUGAAAUGAAGAAGAUGAUUGCCCAAGAAGUGAUGUCUUUCAAAGCUUCCAAACAAGCAGCAUUAGGAGGAUUAAAUGGUGGGCAAUUAGGUCGUAAACCAAGUUUAUCGGCUCCCGAACGUGAAGCAAUAACUCAACGUCAACAACAAAGUAAUCGUAAUUCCAUUUACGAAUAUGGUGCAGCUAGUCAACAUGCAGCUGUUCCUGACACAGACAUGGAAGUGGAUGAAUUAGAAAAGGAAUUAGGUGGUGGAAUGACUUAA